AUGUCUCAACCAAUCACCUCGCCAACUCCCAAUGCAACAACACGAGUGAGAGGCUGUUUCAGAGUCUCCGUGCAAGUGCUGGCUUGGUUAUUAUUUGUAAUGAUUGGUCUCUUAUCGGGAAGAGUUUUAUAUUAUUAUUAUAAGGAAAAUUAUUCACAUCAUUCGACGGAUGAGCCUUACAAAUGUAUCAUGUCUUGGAUGAGGCCGAAUUAUAUUUCAUUGCCUUUUACGUAUUAUCAUCAUCAGGAUGAUGAUCAGACAAGUGCAGGACGUGGACCACAGAACAAUAAUUCUUCAACAAGACCACCAAUGUAUACAUUGUAUCGAUAUGUGGAUGAUAUUGAUCCGAUGAGAAAUCAAAAAAUUGCUCCAAAUUCAAAAUAUUAUCGAGGAAUACCCGUUUUGUUUGUGCAUGGAAAUUCUGGAUCAUAUAAACAAGUUCGUGGACUCGGAAUUUCGAUUGUGGAAUUUCUCACUGGAAAGGAGAAGCAUCAACUUGAUCACAAAAUAUAUUUUGAUUUGUUUUAUGGAUCAUACUUGAGAGAGAAUAUUAACAAGAGAUCCUUGAAAGAUUUUGAUGUAUUUGCUGUGAACUUUAAUGAACAACUGAGUGCAUUAAGUGGUGACAUUCUGGUCGAGCAGUCAAAAUACGUGAGAGGAGUCUUAAAAUACAUUUCCUCUCUUUACUCUGACGAACACAAGCCUUCAGAAAUCAUUGCAAUUGGUCACAGCAUGGGCGGAAUUGUACUUAAGGCUGCAGCAGCUCUCAAAUCAAAAGAUGUUCUUCCCGUACGAACCAUUUUGACUCUUAGCACUCCAUUCCAAAGACAUCCCAUACUUCUUGAUAGGGACAGUGACCUAUUUUAUCAACAACUAGUUCGUCUUCCACACUCCAAGAUUGAUAUAUUUUCUAUUGGAGGCGGAUGGCAUGAUGAGCUGAUUAGAAGUGAUCUGACAGGUAAUCCUCUUCUCUACAAGAAUAACUCGAAUUUUUAUCAUGUCAUGUCCACAACCUCAGUACCAAGUGUUCACUGCUCCACGGACCAUCAAGCAAUUACCUGGUGCAAACAAAUCGUAUUGGCGAUUUCUAAAUUUAUUAUUCAUUAUGCUGCCGAGGGAGGUGCCAAUUUGUCUUCAAACGAAAAGAAGGCAAUUUUCAACAGGUAUUUUGUUGACGCAAAUGCACAAUUGGAUUUCUAUUCUAGUCCUUCCAGAAGAUUAAAUGUAGAGAAAAUUCUAAACAUGACUGAUGGUAUUUCAACUGGAUCAGCCGUUCUUAAAUCUGGAAUUUCCUUAUUGAAUCUGAAACGCAUGCUUCAAAAUGAAGAUUCUCUGACCUUAGCUUCUACCAGCUCACGAUCUGACAUGAUGAUUUCUCUCAUCGAAGACAAGAGCAGCAAAACAGGACAAAUUUUACUGCACGAGAACAUUGAUAUGCUGCCCUACUUUAAAGUGGUUGGAAAAAUGAAUGACAUUGAAGAUAAGAGUAUCAGCAAGGGUGCCAUCAAAACAAAAAUCACCUUCCGAAAAUCUCAACUCGAAAAGUUCAGCUACAUGCUUAUUGAUGCAAGUCAGUCAACUUUGGCAAUUACCCAUUCUUCUCAAAAAGCUGCCACCAUUGAAGAACCUCUCACAUUACAACAAUUAAUUUUCGACUAUCUCAACAGCAGAAGAGUAUUACUGAAGAACGCCAUGAGCUAUACCUCUGUGAAUUUUCCCAAUUUACCCACACAAUUUGUCUAUCAGGUAACAUUCAUGAACAAAUGCUCGAAUCCCUCUUCUCUUGAUACUCUCGUUGAAAUUAACUCACAUAAUGCCAAAGAAUCAAGGAUUGAGCAAUUCCCAGCCAACGCUCCAGCCACCUUUAAAGUGAAAUUCUUUGAGAGCUCUAAAACUUCCUCUGGAUUCAAAAUAGACUUGUUCAGAAUUUGCAGCAAUGCAGACUAUGAAAUUGAGAUUCGACUUGAUAUUCCAACCACAUUAAUCAUGUUCUUCAGAUAUCACUACUCGACAACCAUUCUAUCCGAUGUAUUUUCUCUGAUUUUGUUUACCAUUGCCUACAUUGCUUUGAACAACUUUGAAAUGACAUUCACACAUGCCUUGAACACUACUCUUCUCGCUCGUGGAUUUAUUAUAGUUGCUAUUCAAUUGUUGAACCUGCACAUGUUUGCAGAUCCGAGAGAAGUUUCCUAUUUUUCUUAUCACGAAAGUGAACUCUUGUACAUUGUUCUUUCUCUCUUUUUGGCGUAUUUCAUGUUACAAUUGCUUAACAUUUUAUUUAUUUUUAUUUCCUAUAUAAUUUAUUUACCAUCUUUAAUGUUUGAAUUUUUGUUGAAAAACAAGUGGGUUAUUUUUGCAUUUUCAUUUGUGAUCUGUGUGGCAGUGACUCGAUACAUACAUGUCGGCAUUGGAUUUGUCUUGACAUUACUAUUCAUGCUUGGAAAUAUUGCAGUCACAAGAAGACAUGACACCUCCACUCAGCAAGUGAUGAAAUACUCCUAUCUCAUGCUACACAUCAUUCCAACAUUAAUAUUCCUUCCAUCUCUCGUGGUUUGGCUCAAGGAAUGGAAUGAAAGUAUGCAAUGGAUGAGAAAGUCUACAACUACAACGGAAAUGGCCUCUCCUUACAGAGCUUUAUUGGAUAUUAUUUUACAGUCAAAACCAGAAGCUCGUUUUGCAAAUAGGGUACAACCACUUUUAGUGGUGCCUUGCAUGAUAGUCUUUGCUGCCAUAUUUGGCGCUUCUGCCAUGUCAAAUCCAAACGAUUCUCGUAGAAAUUAUUUAUUGAUGGCCUUAUUGGAAAUUGCCGCUUGCAUUGGAACGAUAUAUUUCAGAUUUGGUGUGUAUGGCUAUGUGUUGGCUUGUUCUGGAGCCAUCUCUGUCUACAUUAUAGUUGUGACCUUGCUGAAGAGAGUUUCGCAUUCUGAGCAACAACAGAAAGAAAAGUCUGAGUAA